AUGGAUUCGAUCUCGAUCUUCAGCGCAGCUUCCCCUUGCGCCAUGGCGGGAGACGCGGCGGCAUUCGCGCCGUUUGCCUCGGAGCGCGAGAGGAGAGUCCACUUCAUGCGCCUCGCCAUCGCGCAGGUGCAUGACCUCCCUCCCCAUUCCACCGUCCCCCCUUCUCCCCUCCGCUCCGAUUCUCUCGCCCCUCUGUCGGAUAUCACCAGCCGCCCUGCUCGUGAUUCGCCUCCCUCCGCACCUCGUUCUCCCCUGUUCCUCUCUAACUGCCAUCUGACGUGUUGCAUGCUGGUGCGUGUCCAUACUCCUCCCAUACGCCCGUGCCCUCCUGUCCUGCCUUCAUGCCCUCGUGCCCUCCUGCGCUCCUCUCCUCGUCUCCUCGUCUCCUCGUGCCCUCGUGCCGGUGUGUGCGUGCAAGGAAAGGCGGAGGCUGCACUGACGAGACUAGAAGUCCCUGUGGGCUGUGUGAUAGUGCACAACAAUAAAGUCGUAGCAGCAGGCAGCAAUAGAACCAACGAAACCAGAAACGCAACCCGUCAUGCUGAGAUGGAGGCCGUUGAUUCGCUGCUGGAAUCUCUUUCUCCCGGGCAGGUUAACGAAUGCUUAGGGGCGAUUGACCCACCAAGAGCAGCAUCAACGAACGGUGCAGCGAAUGGCACAGAGACACGUGGCAGCCAGGGAUCAGCUGGGGAGAGAGAGAGGGAGAGAUUAGAGGAAGGGCGGGAUAUAGCAGAAAGGGAGGAUGGGCAGGAGGAGAAAGAGAUAGAGAGAACGACUGGGAGAGAGGGAGAGGACGAGGCAGAGGAGCGGCAGGGGCGAGAGAGAGACGACUGGGAGGACGGGAGGGAUGAGGAGGAGCGGUACGGUCGGUUGCUGCAGGUGGUGGGGGGGAGCGAGCUGUUUGUGACAUGUGAGCCCUGCAUCAUGUGCGCUGGUGCCCUCUCCCUGCUGGGGCUCACCCGUGUGUUCUACGGCUGUCCCAACGACCGCUUUGGCGGUUGUGGAUCCGUGCUAUCAGUACACGCCAAAGGAUGCCGCCCCUGCCCGCCCUUCAGCAGCAGCACGGUCAUGGCAGGCAGCCAGCUACAGUGCGAGGGGGGCAUACUGGCCAGCGAAGCAGUGGACCUCUUCAGACGCUUCUACGAGCAGGGCAACCCCAAUG